UCAGUCAUGAGUGUUGUUGUUGACGGCGAUGUCAAGCUUCCCGAUCUUUACCGGCUGCUUGCUCUUUCAGUCAAAGAUGCGACAACUCAAUGGCAUAAGAAAAUCUCAGACUUCGAGGAAUCGAUGCGAGCGCAGCCGUUGCCUGCUGACGACGUGAAGGCCAUUCUUCAAUCUGCCGCUGACGUGCUAAAGAAGGAGCCCAAUCUGUUGGAGAUAGAAGCUCCUGUAACGGUGUGUGGCGAUAUUCAUGGUCAGUUCUUGGAUCUUAUUCAGUUGUUUCAUGUUGCUGGGGGUCUUCUUCACGACACCGUUCCAAACACUCCAUCGCUCGUCAAGUCCGCACGUAAAUACAGUGAUCACAAUGGUGCAUCUCAGUUUCUAUUUCUUGGCGACUACGUCGACAGAGGUAGUUUCUCGUGUGAAUGUGUAAUCUAUUUGUUCGCGUUGAAGUUGGCACAUCCGAAUCAAGUGCAUCUAUUGAGAGGGAAUCACGAGUGUCGUUGUAUGACGUCUCGGUGUUACGACGAAGGAAUCUGUUUCAAGCAAGAAUGUGAGGCCAAGUAUGGGAUGGACAUGUACGAACAGUUUAUGAUGUGCUUUGAUGCGUUGCCGUUGUGCGCGUUGGUGAGGAACGAAGAAGGCCAGUGGCUUUGUGUACACGGCGGAAUAGGUCCGAAAAUUCAAGCUCUUGACGAUAUAAGACAAAUCGAUCGAUUUAGGGAACCGCCUCUGACUGGUCCGAUAUGUGACUUGCUGUGGGCCGAUCCAAUCAAUGAUGAAUUAGGACAACGAUUGUCUGAUGAAGAUUAUCAAGAGUUUUUAGAGUUAGAUUAUCUACCGAAUCCUCCUCGUGGCUGCUCGUACUUUUACUGCUACGAUUCGAUUCGUAAUUUUGUUGAUCAAAAUUGUCUAAAUGGAAUCGUUCGUGGACACGAAUGCAAAGAAGAUGGCGUGUGUUUCAGUUUUGCCGGAACUCGGUCACAAAUGUUUCCUCAUCCUCUAGUGACGACGGUCUUCUCAGCACCGAAUUAUUGUGGACAUUUUGGUAACAAGGGCGCCAUCAUUCGAUUCACACGAGACGAAAUGCAGGUGAGGCAUUUUUGUUCUAGUAUACAGAAGGCACCAAUAGUUGAAGAACCAAAGCAUGUCGGGCCAUUUCGUCCACCGACAGCGAUCAUAUCAGAAGGUGAUGUGUCGAGAGUAUUGCUGUUCUCGGAAGAUGAAGAAGAGGAAGAUGAGGAAAUCUUAGCUCAGAGACGACCGAGGUUUCUUAGUACGCCAGCACCGCCGCCGAGUCAUAGGGGCGGGUUUGUUUCCGUUCGUCAAGAUACGUUGAAACGUCGCCGUCCGAGCGUACACUUUCAGCGUUCUAUGGAACGCGAUGCGGCGAGUGAGGUUCAUCCCGGAUGGCAGUCGUUGCGAAAACUUCACAAAGUGAUCGGACGAAUCAGCUUACUACGUAAAGAGACUACGUCUGCACGCGUACAUCGUACAUCAGACGGGAGACCUCCUUUACAGCGUUCAGGAUCUCUCGAAGAACCUUGUCUGCCGUCUGUCGAUCAGAGCAUUGCCAACUGUCUUCUUCCCGAUGAAAGAACGAGACACAACUCGUUGACACCACCACCUGACGAAACAUCCGAGUUGCAAUCGGAUGGGUUACCUCGUCCAGUCGAUGACAUGAUGACUGCUUUAAAACGGGCAAAGGGUGGUCGCCGUAGUAUCUCAUUGCAAAAGACUCUUUCUGGUGUUUUGAGGCCGACCGACAUGAUGCAGAUGCGAUACGCUUUUCAGGCAAUCGACAGAAAUAACGAUGGAUAUUUGACGACAGAAGAAUUGUUGACAUUUGCACAAGAAAUUGGUGAGUACUGUGAUACGAAAGACCAGGUGUCACGAAUGAUUGAAGCAAUGGGUUCAGAUCAGGACGGUCGCGUCAGUUUCAAAGAAUUCACUCAAUACGUAAGCCAACUGGCAUCGGAAGCUGCACCAAGCAACGAACGACAACGACGACUAACAGUCACAUGUUUUAAGAAACAGUCUGUUGACUGACGGUUUUUUGGUGCCAAAUCACGUGUUGUUCUAUAGUAUUGUACUUAGUAUUUAUCAUGAGAGUCGUUUCAUAGUUGCUAUGUUGAACAUUUUUGUGAUAAAGUUUGUACUCUAGAGUUGACAGUUUAGUAUAGUUGAGGUAUCAUACCUUACCAAAAUCUGUUGAGAGAGAUUUAUGUACAAACGAUCACGAAAUAACUACUAAUUAAUUAUUUAUUAAUUAUCUAAAAGUGUGAUACUUAUAAUUAGUUUGUGUGUAAGUGUGUGUAGUCGAGACUCUUCGAUACAAGGUAAUGCAUGAGGCAAGUGUGACGAGCAUUACUGUAUUUCGCGUCCUGAGCACAGGUAACCGAGGAAU